CAUAACCAAGGUGUAGAAUAAGAAGUGGAGUCAUGCUUCACACGGCUAUACCAUGCUGGCAGCCAUUCCUGGGUCUGGCUAUGGUGUUACUCUUCAUGGGAUCCACCAUUGGCUGUCCUGCUCGCUGUGAGUGCUCUGCCCAGAACAAAUCUGUUAGCUGCCACAGAAGACGCUUGAUCGCGAUCCCCGAAGGCAUUCCCAUUGAGACCAAAAUCUUGGACCUGAGCAAAAAUCGACUAAAGAGCAUAAACCCCGAAGAAUUCAUCUCAUAUCCUCUGUUGGAGGAGAUAGACUUGAGCGACAACAUCAUCGCCAAUGUAGAACCUGGGGCAUUUAACAAUCUCUUUAACCUGCGUUCCCUCCGCCUAAAAGGCAAUCGCCUUAAGUUGGUCCCUUUGGGAGUAUUCACGGGACUGUCCAACCUCACCAAGCUUGACAUUAGUGAAAAUAAGAUUGUCAUUUUGGACUACAUGUUCCAGGAUCUGCAUAACCUGAAGUCUCUAGAAGUGGGGGACAAUGAUUUGGUUUAUAUAUCACACAGGGCCUUCAGUGGACUACUUAGCUUGGAGCAGCUCACCCUGGAGAAGUGCAACUUGACAGCGGUACCAACAGAAGCCCUUUCCCAUCUCCGCAGCCUCAUCACCCUGCAUCUGAAGCAUCUCAAUAUCAACAAUAUGCCUGUGUAUGCCUUUAAAAGAUUAUUCCACCUGAAACAACUAGAGAUCGACUAUUGGCCAUUGUUGGAUAUGAUGCCAGCCAACAGCCUCUAUGGUCUCAACCUCACAUCCCUCUCGAUCACUAACACCAACCUGUCCACUGUCCCUUUCCUUGCCUUUAAACACCUUGUAUACCUGACCCACCUUAACCUCUCCUACAAUCCCAUCAGCACUAUUGAAGCAGGCAUGUUCUCUGACCUGAUCCGCCUACAGGAGCUUCAUGUAGUCGGGGCCCAGCUCCGCACCAUUGAACCUCACUCCUUCCAAGGGCUCCGCUUCCUCCGCGUGCUCAAUGUAUCUCAGAACCUGCUGGAAACAUUGGAAGAGAAUGUCUUCUCUUCCCCUCGGGCUUUGGAGGUCCUGAGCAUUAACAACAACCCACUAGCGUGCGACUGCCGACUCCUCUGGCUCCUGCAGCGACAGGCCACCCUGAAGUUUGGAGGCCAGCAGCCCAUGUGUGCCGGGCCAGACACCAUACGUGAGAGGUCAUUUAAGGAUUUCCAUAGCACUGCUCUUUCUUUUUAUUUUACCUGCAAAAAGCCCAAAAUCCGUGAAAAGAAGUUACAGCACCUCCUAGUGGACGAAGGACAGACGGUCCAGCUGGAGUGCAACGCGGAUGGAGACCCCCAGCCCGUGAUUUCCUGGGUGACACCUCGAAGGCGUUUUAUCACCACCAAGUCCAACGGAAGGGCCACUGUGUUG